GUUGGAAAUAUUUGCAUAAACAUGCAUGUGGUCAUACGACAUUUAGCCUUAAGGUUUACUAAGUCUGUUCAUGUAUCUAUAAUCUCAGGCCGACAUUGUUGAGAAUCAAUGAAAACUUGAUCACGUUUUCUAUUUGGCCCUGGAACUCGUGACACUUUGCUGUACAUUCCGUAUCUCUUGUGACUGCUGAGCUAUAAACCAUGUACAAGGUCGUAAAACCUUUCCAAGCAGCAGGAUUUUACUGUCCAAACUUGACAACAAAGUAUAGCCAGUCAUCCUAUUGCCUUCAAGAACUGUUUGCGAAUCCUCAAAUCCACAACCUUUUACGUCUGAUUACUUGCAUAGAUUCAAACACAGUUCACCAACGACGCUAUAGAAGAGCUGGGAAGGAAAGUAUUAAACUUCUUAAUGAUGCCGAACUAAAUAUAGUAAUACGAUUCGGAUUAUUUAUCUAACUUUUACACAAGGUCAAAAAAUAUACUGCCGCUUUUACGGAACAAAAGUUGCAGAUGCCACCUGUUUUAAACCCAAGAACCUCUGUAAAUAGCCAAAUCAUUUCUCGAGAUAGCGGUCUUCAAGGGAUUAUUCCGGGAAAUAUCAAACUAGUUUUUACAGAUACCACACUAAAGCGUGACAGAAAGAACCGUCUCAUAGUAGUUAGAGAGUCAAAUGGUAACUUAAGACACGCAGACCUUUCUGAACGUGAUCGUAUUAACCAAGUUUACUUUCCUUUGUCUGGUCGGAAGUUGUUUAUUCCCAUGAUGUUUGAAGACGAGCAGUUAGAUGCACUUUUGGACCAAGGCUCAUUUUUGUAUAUUUUGGACAGAACAUGUGUUCAAUUCGAACCAGAUGACCCACAUUUUAGUCGAAUAUGCCAUCGUGUUUAUGAACGUGUGAACCAUUUAGCCUGGACUCCAUUUGAAAAAACCGCUGAAUCGAUAACCAACGGUCUAACCAACCCAUUGCUUCUACUACGACACACACGCUAUUACGGUCCCUUAGCUUUAUAUAUGAUUGCUCAAUUAGGUUCUCCUGGGCCACUUGUUUAUGAGACUCUUGCACAUCAACAUUACAAUCGCUUAGGUUGGGUACUUCGUUUAGUUUGUCUUCUUAGACCCUCUAGUCCUUUUGCCGUCCAUACAAAGUCAAAUGUCGAUUUAAUACCUCCGCCGAUACAGACUGUUUUAGACUACACAAAGGAUUUGUCCCAACAAAAUAUGAGUCCAUCCGAGAUUAGCAAGUUGCUGGAUUAUGUUGAACUUUUCAUCAAUCUGGAACCUUUAAGCAAAGACAAACAAGUCAUACUCAAUGAUUAUCUUCAACGAGCUCGAGAAGGUAUCAAAAUGAACAUAGAAACAAUGGAUAGUACUUAGUUAUUUUAUGUACAUAUGAUGUUAGUUUUGUUGUUAGAGAAAAAGAAAUUGUAUGAAAAUAAAUAAAC